AUGGCUAUUCCAGAUAAAUUUGAAUCACAAGAUCUUCUUCAAUUUUAUAAUUUAAGAAAUAUUAUCAAUCAAAGAAAAGCCUUUGGUUAUGAAUCAUUCCCUGGUACAUUUCUUGAUCCAAAAUUAGAAAAUGCAAUGUUACAACCCAAUAUUCAAAACCUGUUAGUUAAAUUCUAUAAUGUGGCAGAUCUAGGCUAUCAAUUCACUAAACCUAGAAGGCCUGUUAUGGCCCAAGGAAGUGGAAGCAAGAAAGGACAUUCUUUGUCUUCAGACUUAUCUUCAAAAG